AUGGUAUCCGGCGGUCGAAGCAUGUCAGUGAGGUCCGGUCCACACCGGCACUUAAAACGAAACUGCGAUUGGCAAUUUGAAGAUCAAGAAGUGCUGGAAAGGGAGGGAGACCCGCGGCGCCCUGAAGAAACCGGACGUGUCGGCAUUAAACCCCCUAUGAACCGAAUUGACACCCUCGUCAACAACUCGUGA